AUGCUGCAGGAGGUGCGUGGUUUGACAGAAGAUGAGCUGUACGAGCGGCUUACCACUUGGGAGGACGGUGAUGUUGAUUCUGCCCUUCAGCAGAGGCAGCAUGCGGAAUCGACUCUCCGAGGGGAGGUCACUCGUCUGCUAGCUGAAGUUUCACGCCUGCAGCAGGAGUCAGCAUCCGCCAAGCAGAAGGCUAUGAGUGCGGAGCUUGUGCAGUUCAAGUCAGCUGAGAAGAUGGAAGCGAAGAUAAGUCUUGCACGGCGACAGUUGCAGUCGAUUGCCCGUGGCAUGGGAGCUGCUAGUGGAUUAGCUGAGCGCUGCCGCUACUUGCAGCGCCAAGCUGAAGUUCUCUUCGUGCAGCAGGAUGCGCUGUCAAAGGACGCCAAAAAGAAGAAGCAAGCCCUCGAGGACUGCUCUCGGGAAGUUCGGGAGCUGUCACACCGCCUGGAAAUUGCGGAGAAGGACCCGCAGGGAGCGGCAACGACUGGCUGGGUGUCUGGUGCAGCUUUUGAGGCUCCAAGCUCGGAAGUGGACCUUCAAGCUGAGACGGCAUCUCUGCUGGCUGAGCGAAGUGCACUGAGGCAGUCGAUGCACAAGCAAAAGGAGAUGGUGGAGUUACAACAGCUUCUGGCAGAUGAGAGGAUGCUGCUGGAAAAGCGCAGGAUGUCCGCAGCGGACAUGCUGCGUGAAAUCGCAGACCUGGAAGAGCAGGCCGAUGACGUAGAGCGUAAUAGCCAACGUGUCAUCGGCGAGAUGCGCAGCUCGCUUGAACGCCUCGCAAGCCAGGUUGAUGAGUUGCGCCGUGCCAAGGACCAGGCAGAGGAUUGGCUUGGUGCAGUUUGGGCAGCCUUGAAUCAGCAGCGACGGGAGCAGCUACUACUACACCAGCGCGUCAAGGAGGAGGACGACUGGGCAAGCCGGCUGCAAGAUCGGACAGAGGCUCUGGUUGUGGAGCUGCAGGUGCUGGAGAGAGAGACGCAUGCGCAGCGACUUCCGGAAGCGCAUCAGGAGAAGGACGCGUUGCGCACGUUGGCAUAUCUGCAGCAAAGCAGGAAACAUGCUCGGCAAACUCUUUCCCGUCAGCUGGCCUCUAGCCGCCAUGUGCAAGGUUCUUUGAAAGAAGCAGAAAGCCAGCAGAUCUCCUUGCUAGAGCGUCUGAGUCCCGUAAAGCCAAUGCUGCAGAACCAGAACUAG